AUGGCUGCGUCUCAUGCUCCAAUCUCUGCAAAUGCCUGCUGCACGUUUCAGGACUUGGCAAACAUGCAGGUCCUGAAUGUUGCGCUGGGGUACUGCAAUGGAGCUUCCCUGACGUCGCUUCGUCAGGCGAGUCCAGGCCUGGCUGAGGCAGUUCCUUCCUCGUCGCUUUUGUGGCAGGACCUCUUAAGGGGAAGUUCGGUGGUGCUACAGGGCAAAGCGCCUUCCAUGCUCAAGGCUCAGCGCUUGGGUGUCCUGUCAGAGAGAUGCCGUGUCCGUGACCGUGGCGUGGAGGCAGAUGCACCAAGCUCGACAGCAAUCAGCAAGCAAAGCCGAUACCGCCUUAUCGUCACUGGGGCGCGCGGGAGUGGGAUCUCGACGCUGGUCAGGCUGCUUUCGCGCCGAAACUACGAGCAAACGGAUGCGAGCAAGGACAUGUCGGUGUACAGCUUCGCGGCCGAGCUUGAAAACGUGCUGCUGCCAGUGUCAGUGGUGGACAAACGAAGCACGGUGAGAGGCACCCCCCUGUCAGCAGCCCUGUACAGCGGCCACACGGCUGCACUCUUCGUUUUCGACGCGGGCCGGAUGGAGGACUCGCUUCCCAAAGCUGCAUGGUGCAUCGAGGAGCUUCGGCAGACAGUCGGCCCAAAGAAGUUUCGGCUGAUGCCAAAGUUGUUGGUUUGCCACAAGGCUGACCUCAUGGCUGCAGAAGGGCCCAUGGAUGCCGAUGCUCGUGCCGCAUGCCUUCCGGCCAUGUGCCAAGCACUGCAGGCGACCUAUGGCAUGGACUUGGUCUUCACUUCGAGGGACGACCCACCAUCAGCGGAGCUUGCUUUCGCCCUAGCUGCGGAAAGGUGGCCGGAAGAAGACCCGGAUGUAGAAAGUCGCACAUUUCCUGUUGGAAGUAGCUUCAACCAGACGCAGCUUCGGCCCACCCGCACCAUCGUGCGGCGCAAUACUGUUGUGAACAUCAACCCUCGGACACGCCGGCCUGAAGAUCUCUUCGAUGAGUUGCUGGCCAGAGUUCCUGUCGCCGAGUGA